GCAGAGAACAAUUCAUUUGAUGAUGAAAAUGACGACUAUAUUAUCAAGGAGGGAGAGAUCUGGAUGAAUCGGUUUCAUAUUCUUAGUCAGCUUGGAAAAGGAUCAUUUGGACUAGUAGUAUAUGCAUUUGAUAUGCAAUAUACAGAACAUGUCGCUAUAAAAAUAAUCAAAAACCGUCGUGCAUUCACCAACCAAGCGCAAAUCGAAAUCAAAUUGCUGCAACUUAUUUCUAGCAAAGAUUCUACAGACUCAAAUUGUUUAGUCAAGAUGAAAGGUCAUUUUAUGUAUCAGAAUCAUUUAUGUAUAGUAUACCCUCUUUUAGCAUUGAAUUUAUACGAACUUCUCAAACGAAGAGCGUUCUCUGGAUUUCCACUACUGUUAGUUCGUAAAUUUUCAAAACAAAUUCUACACGGCCUUAGAUUCUUGGCACGACCCGAUAUUCAAAUUAUUCACUGCGAUCUUAAGCCAGAAAACAUCAUGAUAGUCGAGUCUCGAAAAGCAAAUUUAAAGAUUAUAGACUUUGGAAGCUCAUGUUUUGCCAAUGAAAAGGCACACACAUAUAUUCAGUCCCGCUUCUAUCGAUCACCUGAAGUUAUUAUGGGACAUUCAUAUACGCAUGCAAUCGAUAUGUGGUCUGUUGGGUGCAUUCUUGUGGAAUUACUGACAGGAAAUCCGAUUUUUCCUGGCACAGACGAACACGAUCAAAUGUGUCGCAUCUGUGAUAUUAUCGGCAUGCCACCAACUAGUUUUAUUGAUACAUCUCCUCCAAAACGAGUCAGCCGCAUGUUUGCAAGUGUACGUAGUGGUGUAUACCGACUCCUACCCAGCAAAAAGUUUCGAGCAUCCAACAAAACCUUGCGAGGGAUCAUUACUGCUGGAUUUCAUGCUGCCUUGCUAGUAAAUGACGGCGGAUUAGAAUUGGCAGAUUCCAACUCUCAAGCACAAUUUAUCGAUCUUGUCGAACGUAUACUUAGAAUUGAUCCCAAGGAACGAUUAACACCCGAACAAGCACUUUUGCAUCCAUUU